GUUAGUCACUAACAGAUGGCGAUUUGAUCAGUACGUUAGACAACGCCGGCAACAAUCGAGUACAAACCUCAUGUAAAUUUUGAUUUGGUUUCGUUUUUACAAUAUAACAACAAUCAUGGGAGAGGAUAUUCAGAAGCAUUCCGUGCAUACGCUAGUGUUUCGAUCACUGAAGAGAACCCACGACAUGUUUCUGUCAGAAGAGGGUAGUCUACCUCCUAUUGAUCAAAAAGCAGUGUCUGCCUGGCGAUCAUCAAAAGCUAAAGAUACGUAUGGUCCAAUAGUUGAACUGGUCAGGAAACAACAAGAGAUAGCGAAAAAAACAGGGCUUCCGGUAAAUUACCCUGGAGGACAGCUUGCUCUAACUAACAAAUCUGAACAAGAUGGAGAGACCAGCCAAGCUUUGGCUCUUAUGCCUUCAGGAACAAUCGGGGGACAUCAGAUGCCACAAUCUUCAGCAAAUGUAUCAGCUGUUGGUAUACCAGGCUAUGCUGCAGGUGGACCCACAAACAAUACACAAUCUUUAAUAACCCGUAAAGCCCCAACAAUGCCCAAGCCACAGUGGCAUCCACCAUGGAAACUUUGUCGUGUUAUCAGUGGUCAUAUUGGUUGGGUACGCUGUGUAGCUGUUGAUCCUACGAAUGAAUGGUUUUGCACAGGAUCUGCUGACAGAGUUAUUAAGAUUUGGGAUUUGGCCUCUGGACGGCUGAAACUUUCGCUUACAGGCCAUGUCAGCACCGUCCGUGCUCUUCAAGUCAGCCCAAGACAUCCGUACCUUUUCAGUGCUGGUGAAGAUCGACAAGUGAAAUGCUGGGAUUUGGAGUACAACAAAGUUAUCCGGCACUACCACGGUCAUUUGAGUGCCGUUUAUAGUAUGGCCCUUCAUCCAACCAUCGACGUUUUAGUAACUUGUGGUCGUGACUCUACUGCCCGUGUUUGGGACAUGCGAUCCAAAGCAAACAUUCAUACCCUAACUGGCCACACUAACACCGUAGCAUCAGUUGUUUGCCAAGCAGCCGAACCUCAAAUUAUUACUAGUAGUCAUGACAGCACUAUUCGAUUAUGGGAUUUGGCGGCUGGCAGAUCAAUGGCUACUUUGACGAAUCACAAGAAAAGUGUCCGGGCAGUGGCAAUGCACCCUAACCUCUACAUGUUUGCAUCCGCCUCGCCGGAUAAUAUCAAACAAUGGAAGUGCCCCGAAGGCAAGUUUAUUCAGAAUCUUUCGGGCCACAAUGCCAUUCUUAAUUGCCUUGCCAUCAAUGCUGAUAACGUAAUGGUAUCGGGUGCUGAUAACGGAUCACUCCACUUCUGGGAUUUCAAGACUGGAUACAAUUUCCAGCGCUCACAGGCCCCCGUGCAACCAGGCUCAAUGGAUAGUGAAGCUGGAGUAUUUGCCAUGGCCUUUGACCACAGUGGUUCACGUCUCAUAACGGCCGAAGCAGAUAAAACUAUCAAAAUCUACAAAGAGGACGACGAAGCUAAUGAAGAGACACACCCCAUCAACUGGAAGCCCGACUUAUUAAAACGGCGUCGUUAUUAACUCGCCAUCUCCUGUACCGUACAAUACAACUUGAUUUUUAAACGA